AGCCAAGACCUCUAGGUCGUAUGCUCCACGCCGCUCAAGUUUUGCGCCACCGGAGGCCUUUACCCACUCCCUCUUCCUCGUGACGAUGCAUCCAGGCAUCUUCCACAAUGAAAACGGGUUGGAAAAGCAAAAAUUGCGCACGCUACGAUCCGCGAAGGAUAAUAGAAAAGGGUCGACUCCGCGCUGUGCAAUGCAGGUCUCCCCCUUUAAAAACCCUCAUUCUUGAGCGAAGGUUCUCCGUACAAGGUAAGUAUGAAGAAGAAGAAGAGGGAAAAAAAGAAAAGCAAAAAAGUUGGAGCGGGAAACGGAUAUUAAUACCUUUUUUCAAAGGCGGUGAGAGGGGGAACAAUCAGCUAGGGCGGCAGAAUUCUUCAAGCCUCUUGGCACUGUGGGUUAUCUAUUAUGUAAUCAGAUCUCUACUUGCUGCUAGGUACCUAUCAUCUAGGUACUCAUGGAGAUCGCAGACGAGGUUGCAGAGGUCGCGGACCAGCCCAACUCCAUCCGCAUCCCGCUACUAUACGGCCCCUCCCCCUAGCGCAGGGAUGAGUCCGCUUGAAGAACCUAGGGUAAAAGGCUGUAUUAGUUCGGGAUGUACCUACCUAGGUAUUAGAGCGAUGUCUCGUCAUGGAAACAGGCGUCUGGGCCUAAGCAGAAGUCGGUCCGCCCCUGAAUCAUAUCGACAAGAGAAUUCGCCAGUAUCCUAUGGCGCCUCAGACGGACAAGCCAUUAGCCUGUCUAGCAAGCCAACAACAACAUCCCGCGGCCGCACCCCACGCAAGCUACCGGCUCUAUGGUACCCGACGCCAUGGUCCUCAACCCAGGCCCAUGAGACUUGGCUCUUUAUCUCCCGUCCCCCAUCGCGUAGCCUGCUAGAUAUUAGGCCGUUACCUACGGCGAGUUGUAUGACAUGUUGCUAACUCGAAACUGAGGUGCAUCUAGAGUGGCGGGCGGCUUGAUUUGAGGCGAUUCUUUGUCGGCCGCGGUUAAGGAACUGAGUGGUUAGGGGAGAAACAGCUCUCUGUUCUCCUUCUGCCAGCGCUAUCUCGAAGCUAAGUAAUUGACCUAGGACAGUGCGGUGGCAAGGUACUGAAGGAGAUGAGUCGCUUUUGAGCUUCAGUAUCUCAUUGAGUCGUCCCGAUCCCGGGCCCUAUGUGGACUGGCAAGUUGGAGUUCCAAAAUUGGUAUUUGCGGCCUAGUUCUAGGUAAGUAACCAAUUAAGUCCCUCGCAUCUUUAUUUAUGCAAC